GGGACUCUCAGGAGUUACUGUGUUCAUGGCCCUAUCCAUUUCCUCAUUCCAUAGGUUGCCCAGAGCUUCAACAGAAUCGCCUGCCAAGGUGACAGGAAACUCCCCAACAGCCCUCAGGAAUCCAUCCAGCUCCAUCAGUCUCCUGGGGUGGACUAUCCUAAUCGGUCACCUACAUCUGCAGAGGUUCUGAGUCCCAGUGAGUCUAGACCUGAUCAGAUGAUGAUCUGUCCAUGACAACAGAAUUGUGGAGAGUUCUUCCACACCAACAUCAUCAUCACCCCACUCAGCACAGAAAACAAACUCCAGAGUGUGCCCACCACCAUGAGUAGAGCCAGAUGCCACUUGGGACAGACCCAUUGUUGUCAUGGAGGCCAGGAAGUCUUGAGCUACUCCUGAAAGGACAGUCUCAGCAUGGAUGUUGACGUCCCUCAGCACUAAUAGAUGAGGAGACUCCAACACCAAGACCACCCCGGCCAGCUCAGGAAGGGAGGCUGUUGUGCGGUGGGGUGGGCAGUUCACCAACAGAAUCCCUAUUCCGUCCCAGCUAUCCACCUUUAGCAGGGUAUCUGAAAGAUGGAUAUAGAAGACUGCAAUGGACGCUCUUACAUAUCUGGUAGUGGAGAUUCCUCUUUGGAAAAGGAGUUCACAUCCACCAUUGUGGGGCCCACAGUGAGCACACCAAACAGCCAACACUCCUCCCCAAGCCGCUCCCUUAGUGCAAAUUCUAUCAAGGUGGAAAUGUACAGUGAUGAAGAAUCAAGCCGGUUGCUGUCACACGAUGACCGGCUCCUUGAAAAAGAAGACAGUGUGAUUGUGGAAGAUUCCCUCUCAGAGCCUCUUGGCUAUUGUGACGGAGUGGGGCAGGAACCACAUUCCCCUGGCGGCAUCCGUCUACCCAAUGGCAAGCUAAAAUGUGACAUCUGUGGGAUGGUGUGCAUUGGCCCAAAUGUACUUAUGGUGCACAAACGAAGUCACACUGGUGAGAGACCAUUCCAUUGCAAUCAGUGUGGGGCCUCCUUCACCCAAAAGGGCAACCUCCUGCGCCACAUCAAGCUACAUUCAGGCGAGAAGCCCUUCAAAUGUCCUUUCUGCAAUUACGCCUGCCGGAGGCGGGAUGCACUCACAGGCCACCUCCGCACACACUCAGUUUCCUCUCCCACGGUUGGCAAGCCCUACAAAUGUAACUACUGUGGCCGUAGCUACAAGCAACAGAGCACGUUGGAAGAGCACAAGGAACGCUGUCACAACUACCUGCAGAGUCUUAACACUGAACCCCAGUUGCUGGCUGGCCAGCAAGGUGACGAGAUGCGAGAUUUGGAGAUAGUGCCGGACUCCAUGCUUCACUCCUCAGCCGACCGGCCAACCUUCAUUGACCGACUGGCAAACAGCAUCACCAAACGAAAACGCUCCACACCUCAGAAAUUUGUGGGAGAGAAGCAUAUGCGGUUUGGCCUCUCCGACAUGGCAUUUGAUGUUAACUCUGGCUUUGAGAAGGACGUGGAAAUGGUGGCUGCUCACCAUCCCAUAGAUGCUAGCUUUGGCAGCUCACUGUCAUUUGUGGGAGCAGAACACUUGCGCCCUCUCAGACUCCCACCCACAAACUGCAUCUCUGAGAUCACGCCUGUCAUCAGUUCUGUCUACACUCAAAUCCAGCCCCUCCCAGGCAGACUGGAAAUAGCAGGAAGCCGGGAAGCUGCUGAAGGCCACGAGGAGCUUCCUGAUGGGACGCAGAUUGUGUACCGGGCAUCACGGGAGCCAAGUAUGGUAUCACCUAGCAACGGUUGCCAGGAUUCCACAGACACUGAGAGCAUCCACGAAGAAAGGGGCUCCCAGCAGCCGCUGCUGUCCAGCAUUGGGAACUGCACCAGCAGCCGGCAGAGUCCGGCCUAUGCCAAAGAGGACCCAAAACUGCAAGAGGGUAUCAUACCCACCACUACUCGGUCAACUCCCAGCUCAGCCAAAGAAGCCCUGCGUGUGGUAAAUGAUGAAGGGGAACAGGUAAAAGCCUUCAAAUGUGAGCACUGCCGGAUCUUGUUCCUGGACCAUGUCAUGUUCACCAUCCAUAUGGGCUGUCACGGCUUCAGAGACCCUUUUGAAUGCAACAUCUGUGGCUAUCACAGCCAAGACCGGUACGAGUUUUCCUCCCACAUAGUGCGAGGGGAACAUAAAGUAGGCUAGUCCUGAGCACUCUCUCCUCUUGUCCCUCCCACCCCGUCUCUAGUGCUCCAUCCUAGUUGGGCAUGGAACUGUUCAUUUCUUUUUUACUCCUUUGCACUGACUUUGGCAAAAAAAAAAAAAGAUAAAUAUUUUAAAAAAACCCUAACUUAAAAAAAAAUCCAACACACUUGAGACGGGGAAGAGCUCAUAACAUUUCGCCUUUUUUCUAUAUUGCAUUAUUUAAAUACUGUUCGUUGAAAAUUUUAAAAUUCUUCUGUGUUUUUCUCUCCCAGUUGAGGUUAUUUAUUAAUCUUUAUUUCUCUCUUUAUUUUGUGGGUAAGCCUUUCCUUUCAGUCAUAUUGCCAGGGACUUUCUCCACUGAGAAACACAAGAAAUGCUGAUAUUUAUCGGCAAUGUACUUGUGUUUCUAAGGUCCAAGUCUCAUCCUCUUUUCCAUUUAAAGUUGGGGGGAGGGCUUUUUUUGCUUUCAUUUCAGGUAUCUCUGUCAAGUCACUAUAUAUUAAGAACCUCAGAUCAGGUGCUAAAAUAUUGUAGAACUUCCCCCGUUCAAGGGGCUAGGAAAGCCACGACUUGAGUUACACUGAGAUGGUAAUGUUAGGAUGACCCACAUAUGCCCUCUUUUAGGGGUAUCUUUGAGAUGGAACAUAGAAAGGUGUCCUCCUAGGAACUCUGUGGUCCCAAACACUCAAUACCUCUGUGCUUCUGCUUAUGACAGCGUUUAAUUUAAAUAUGCUGUCUCCCCUGUUGGAGCCUAAAUGGGGGUGGCAUGGGUUGCAUCUGGUGAAGGUGAGGAGGCUACAGUGCCACUUGUUUGAAGGAAGGUAGUGAGCACUUUUUACAAUAUACAUGAAGUUUGCCAGGAUGCUGCCUUUUACAGACUCAGCUGAGAAUCAGUGUGAGGAAAGCCAAGGCUGUUUCCAAUGAAGGAACCUUAGUGGUGAAUGAUGAAGGCUGUUUCUGCUUUCCAGCUUGGGAUGUCCUCCUUUAAGGAUGUGCUUGGUGUCUCUAUUGAUUAGCUUCACCCUCUCUCUAGAAAGGUUGUUUGAGCAAACUUCCUCUGAGCUUCCUUUUUGUUAGGUUUUAAAGAGCCUUUUUGCUUGGAGGCUUUAUAAAAUGGAAACCUGAAUCCUUAGGUGAAUGUCCAUCAUUGACACCUCUCUCCAACAGCAUGCAACUUCCUUUAAGAUGAAUAUAUAGCUAUGACCCUAUUGGUUAGGAUGAGAUUCCUAGGAGACAUCUUCAUGGCAUUUGUGAUAGGAGACCAAAAAGAUGCUAGUGAGCAGCUAUACAGAGUCAGCUUAACAAUCUCUAUUCCAGCUACAAGAGGCAGGGAUGUUCAAGCCUUGCCUCUUCCUCUUUCUGUUCCAGUGCCUGAUUUCUGCCUCUCCAGUCAGUCUCCUGGGAACCAGGUCCCACUGAGCAACCUGGGGUUUGAAUUACUCAGCUUCCCCAGAGGGUAAGGCUGCCUUUGUUUGCAGAGAUCACUCCUUAGCCUUAUAGAUCUGUGCUCAGAAAGCAUGCACUUUGUGGAUCCCUCAGCAUGGGCUGACUGCAGCUGUGGUGGAAGGUCUGUGUCUUGUAUUUCAUUGGAAAAGCACACACUGUUCAUCCAAAACCUAAAGGGAGCUUGUGUUUUGCAGUGUCACCCUGUUUCUCCUCAAAAGAGACCUCUGUCCCAGAUCAGAGACACAAAUGUCUUUUAGGUUCUUCAUUAGUAAUGGUAUAGGGAGGAAGGUUUAGAAAGAUUGGCAGCAAAAGCCAUCUACCCAAGAUCUACAUAAUGGUGAAGAGUCUCCUGGUUGUCUCUUAGGUACAUAGUCAGUGGCACCAGAGGAGGGCAUUGGAUUUCUGUGUUGCGAGUCCUGCAGGAAGUCCUUGCUUUGUGUACUUUAGUGUCUUAAAGCCUCGAUAACCAUGAAGGGCUGAAACCUCCAUUUUGUAGCUUGGAUGACGAUUGCUGCUGUUAGUGGAAUUUAGGCAAGGGUUGUAGUUUCACAUGCCAGGAGCAUGCAGUUAUUACUACCAAUCCAUUUAGAAAUUCUGUUAAUGCUUGUUCUUAAGAGUGUGAUGGCUAAACACUAGAAGGCUGUGAGCUCAGGCAAAAUGGGAGCUUACCUUUCUGCACGGCUUGGCCUUUCGUUUUAGCAUCUCAACUGCAAGAAAUACCAUUCCUGAAAGAAAGGGAUGGGUAUAAGGUUAAAACUGCCUCUCUGGUCUACAUUGGGCAAAGGAUGUGGCAAGUGAGAGAGUGUUCAUAGUUUUCAGUUAAUGCCCAUCAUGCAUAAAAAUAACUUGCUUAACAGCAGCCCAGCAAACUGCUUCCUUGUGGGAUAAACCAAAGGCUGUUCUUUUCUACUUAAAAAACAACAACCUCAAGUUGCAACAUUUUGUUUGUUUCCUCUUCUCUGCUUUUUGUUGCUUUUUGAAGCUGAUAUUUCUGAGCUUUGUUUUGUUUUGGGCUGGAUAGGGUUGGGUUUUUUGUUUUUGUUUUUUAAAGGCCAGACAGACUUGUUUAACUGGAAAGGCCUUGUCAGAUGGGAUGUAUUGAGGAGUUUAUUCAGAAGAUGGGAUGCAAAGGAGGAACUUUCCUUUAGAUAGGUGCACUUCAUGUUCCUGCUCUGCUCCAUUCCUUAAAAGCUCUUAACAUUUCUGGUACAAAGUCACUUUCCUUCUUCUGUUCGCUCACUUGGGUUCAGCAUAUAAAUGAUAUUUUAUAAGCUGAGAAGGUAUUUUGAGCUGCUCCCAGCAAUGUAUAUUGUAACUUCAGCAGAUGAGGAGAGAAUGAGCUAUAAAAAUCCUUGUUCUAAUGCAUUAAAAUAUAUAUAUGCAUUGUGCAAUACAAAUGAAAUAUACUGGGAGACUUUGCCAAAUUUCUAAGGUCCAGUUUAAGAGUCUAGUUCUCUUAUUUCCCACCCAAGGUGUGGUUCAUAGUUCUAAUCUCCUGGAAUUCUCUUGGUCCUAAUAUCAUUUUAUUAUUAUUAUUAUUAUUAUUGCAUUCACAUCUCCUAUUGAUGUACAUUUAAAGUAUUCAGCACUUUUUGUGAUUGUUAAUUUGGAGUCCAGUCAUGUGACAUAUUCCCCCACCCCCCAAUAUUUCCCAAGACUUCGAUACUCAUUGCAGUGAGUUAUGUGGAUAAAAUUGCCCCUUGAUGACUCUAGGGAUAGCAGUUCUGUCCUGGAAAGGAUCAUGGGGGCCCUCCUUGUGACUGAAAAAGGUUGUUAUGAACCAGCCCUUAGACAUUGUACUUCUGAACAUUUUAAUUUCACAUUAUUCAAAAGGCUAGAAUUUUUCUACUGUGGACCUUUCAGACAUGAAGGUUUUGGUCAGAUCAAUAUAAGUAGUUUGAUAAGACAACUGUGUUAAAUGAACAAACUCAUGGUGUUACCCAAGGUGUUCUGUUUGUGCCCCUAGUAAUCUGAGUAAUGAAAUCUUAAAGCUGUUUCUCAGUUACUUUCAAAGCGCACAGGUGGGCUCUUGGGGAAAGCUUGUCUGUAGACAUGUAAAAGCAGGAUGUUGGAAAUCUAAUGGAUGUUUAUUGCAUGUAUUAAAAACUGGUUUCUAGAAUAAAACAUUUGCUGCUCAUUUAAUGAUGGUUUUGGUUCACCCAUCUGUGAGUAUGCAGAAGUAAAAAAUCUAAUGCAGCAUUAGCUGUAAACAUAACUUUUCCAGGGACAAUCUAAUGGGCCAAGAUUUUAGAUUCUUUUUGUAUCUCACUUAUAGGAUUUCCCCCUAGAAAAUUACAUGAUUCAUUCUAUCUGUGUAGCCUUUCUGUAUCAAUGCAUUUGAAGAAAGACUUAAAAUGUUUGUCAUGAGCAUUGAAUACAGCAGUGGAAUUAUAUCUCAGAAAUGUUUUCACAUCCUCAUAUCCAGACAGGCCUGUGAUUAUAAAACUAAUGAGAGAAGCAACCCUUAAACACAGCUGUGUGCAUGUGUUGUUUUUGUUUUUCAGUGUGGAUCUAGGCCUAGAUAGAGUAUGCAGUAGUCACUCACCUUUUUAUUGUAGAAUUUAUAUCCCUGUAGGAGCUGAUAAGCAGCAUGUCCUUUAAGGUACAUGAAGGUUUCCGGUUCUUACUCAAAGGCAGGAUUGUACUGUACCUUUUAAGGUCUCUGCUCUGUUUGUAUUUUAGGUAAAACUCAUGUAUUUAAUUGGAAAAUGUUUUUCCCAUAAUACCAAAGCAAAUUUUUAAAAAUGGCUUGUUUGAAAUCCUCCAACCAGUCCCCUAAAAUGUCCAAAUUUCUGUCGAAAGGUUGCAUUUUUCCUCAGAUCUAGGCAAAAAUAAUUAAAUCUGUGUUCAUGUAGGUAUUUUUAAGCAGAUCUGAAACUAAAGCAGAAUGCAGCAUUUGACUCUGCUUUCUUUCUGAGCUCCAACAGACAAAAUUAUGGGGAAACGCACCAGUUUGGUUUUUUCCAGUGCAGAGAUUGCUAUCACAUCAAAACUGUGUAAAAUGUAAGCAGAGUGGCUCAUCAGAUACAGUUGCCAUCUUACUAUGUUUGUCAAGAAGGCAUGGCAUAUAUAAGCUUCCUGACAUAUAAUAUUGUGAAGCAAAUAUAGUUGUGAAGUUUGCCUUGUUACAGUUUUACACUUUUUUUUUUAGUUAAAAGUUUGAAAUUCACACAUACAUAUACACAUACCAUUUAAUAGGAAAAUUAGCUUUCAUAGUUGGAUUCUAACUUCUUGAAAGCCAAAGAUGGCCCUUGGGUGCAUGGCUUCAAUAAACAGCCACAUUAAUAAAUUAAAAGCACCUAAAGUGUCAUUUUUAUUGUCCUUUGUUGUUGAAAUCCCCUUGUGCCUCCAUACAAAGCUCAUAUUCAGAAUUUUCCUGCUUCCUGUUUUUAGUAGAAAUAGACUCAUUCUCUGCAGGAAUCUUUGUUUAUUUAUUUGUUUUUAUUAGAAAUAUUGGGUAAUUCUAGAAGUACAAGAAGGUGUCCCAGACAUCACUAUUGAAUGGUAUUUACUGCACUGUGGAAUGGUACGAAUCUCUCUGAACCCUGCUUCUAUGAUGAAUCAGGAAGCAAGAAUCCUGUUGUGGAUGUCACAUCUUACCUCCUGCCUCUUCCCUUUUGUGAAAAUGAAAACAGGUUUGUUUUUAGAGAAACUAAGCUCUGAAAUUUCUAAGAAACCAGUGUUCCUUUUAUUUUUGCUUUCAGCUGUAUGAAGAGCCUAAAAAACAAAUGUAGGAAUUUUGUAAAACUCCAGGUCUCUUUAACUUGUGUAAAUAUAUAUAUUUUUUAACCAGAUGUAUGAAGAACAAAAAGAUGUGCAAUAUCCCCAGCCCGCUAUACUAUUCUUCUCUUCUUUCUAACAACAAGCUUUCAUUUGUAUAUUGUUACUGGGUUUGCUGGUGUCAUGCUCUUUUCUCCUCUUUUUUUUUUUAGUGGGAUUAAACUUGCUUUUAAAUAAAAGAAAAACCUCUUACUGCAAAAGCUUUUUUGUAUCUGUAAUAUAUUGUAAGUACAUAUUUGUGUAAUGGAGAUUAUACUACUGUUAAGUUUUGUACUGUACUGGCUGAAGGUCUGUUAUAAAUAAACAUGAGUAAUUUAA